AUGAGUGAAUCACGAGCCAGACAGAAUUUCACCAAGGAAUGUGAAGAAGCGCUGAACAAACAGAUCAACAUGGAAUUGCAGGCUGCAUACGAAUACAUGGCUUUCUCCACCUACUUCGAUCGAGAUGAUGUCGCCCUCCCCAAUGCAGCUGAAUUCUUCCGAAACGCGUCACUCGAGGAACGUGAGCACGCUGAGAAAUUGGCCGAGUAUUUGAUUAAGCGUGGUGGUCGUGUUGAGUACAGUGACAUCAAGGCUCCAUGUAAGACGGAGUUCACGGGUGUGGAGGAUGCGAUGAACACAGCUCUUGCAAUGGAGAAGGCAGUGAAUGAGGUGAGUGAAUCAGUCAACACGAAUAUUAAUAGUAUUUUUGGACGGAGUUAUCCGCCUAAAUUGCACACGAUGACUGUAUCCUCUACACUGUUGAAUUCGUGCAACUAA